GAGAAAUCUCAUUUAGCUUGUUUUUUUUUAAUAGGUUUAAUAGGUUAUGUUGUCCUGUCAGUGAUCCUCUGUCUGAUUAGGCGUCUAGUUAACAAGCUCCACCUCUGCAAAGUCAACAUCAACAAAAGAGACAAAAAUAAAAAAAAAAGGAAGAGAAACCUCUGUAAUCGCAGGAAGUACAUAUGCAAAACCUUCAGUAGAAUUAUUUUAGAGACUUUAAAAACUUAGAGCUUAAACACGGACUGGAAGACGACAGCAUGAUGAUGAUGAUGAUGAUGGCUCAGAUGGGUUAUGUGCCUUUAUUUCUGAUAGUGAUGCUUCAGUUUACAGCAGAAGUAACAGGAGAGAAAACCUCCUACUUACUUGUGAGACUUGGAGAGGAAGUGUCUUUGCCCUGUACACAUGUGAACUGUAGCAGCCCUGAAUGGGUCUUCGUUGGUUUAAGAAACAAAUCAGCAAAAAAAAAGCUGGUUGAAGACGGGCAGAUUGUUGACAAAGUUAAAUCAGACCGACUGCGCCUUAACGCGGACUGUUCCCUGAUUUUAAAGGAGGUCACAGUUGAGGACGUUGGUCUGUACGGCUGUAAAGAUGUCAGCUCACAUGGUAAAGUCUCAAUGGUUCAUCUGUCUGCUGUUAAAAUGUCUGAACAUAAGGAUGAAGAUAAGGUGAUGUUAAACUGCUCUGUGCUGACGCAUGACGCCUGCAAACACAGGGUGGAGUGGUUGGAUGGAGAUGUGGAGACAAACUGGAACACAUCACGGUCUGACUGCUGGGCCACCGUGACUUUUCUGGAAACUCACUUCAGUUACAAAUCAAAGAGCUACGACUUAUUGAAGUGCAACAUAAAACAUACUUACAGUGGAAAAACACAGCAGUUUACCUUCAGACCUCAUGAGAAAACAGUGUGUUCACACACACACGUCUGCGUCUUAAACCUUUCUCUCUUUUCAGAUUGGUGGUGGUUGUACAUCAUUGUAGCUGUGGGUUUCCUGGCACUCGUGUUAACUGUUGUAGGAGUCAUGAAAGGGAAAAGAACUGAAGGGAACAAAGCCCAGACGGAUCACAACGCUGUGAGCUUUGAAGCUGAUCCUGAACGUGGUUUAUUCUACGUCUCCAUCAGCUACACCGGAGCGACCAACAGUGAAGUCCGGGUUAGGGGUGAUGGUGAUGGUGGUGAUGAAGAUGUUGCAGUGGUCUACAGCACUGUGAAAGCUCCCUCCUGUUCUGCUAUAGGCUCCACUGACCUCUACGCUAAUGUCAACUAACCAAACAUUUAGGAAGACAAAUAAGUUCACAGUUCUGCCACAUUUCAAAUGUAAAGUUUGGUUUGUUUGUUUGUUUGUUUGUUGGUUUUUUUAUUUGUUUGUUUGGUGCAGUGUUUUAAUGACUGACAUUUAUUUUACUAUGAUAAUUAAUCCUAAUGAUAAAUAAAAAGAAAUAAUUUUUA